AUGCCCACUCAACUUGUAAGUAAUGGGCAAUUUACACAUAAAUUAUCUCUCCAUUCUGAUAGUUAUGUGAUUUCUAAGCAAAUCGAAUCUCUAUGGCAUCAGAAAUCAAGAACCACUUGGAAUUUAAAUGGAGAUAGGAAUACUAAAUUUUUCCAUCCGGUUGCUUCUGCUCAUUCUAGAAUGAAUUUGAUCUCUGAAAUUACGGUGAAUCAGUCUAGAUUUUUGACCCCUACAGAUAUUAAGGAGCAAGCUUUUUUGUUUUAUAGAAACUUGUUUAAACAAUCAUCGGCGGUGGAAUUUUCUUUGGACAGUUUGGAGUUGCAUUCUUUGACGGAUUCGCAAGCUGCUAGUCUUUCAGCAACCUUUGCUGAAGAGGAAAUUUAUCAGACUCUUUUGAGUUUGGAUGAUAAUAAGGCUCUGGGUCCGGAUGGCUUCAAUUUUUUCUUUUACAAAAAGGCUUGGCAUUUUAGGUCUAUUAGCUUGAUCAACGGAAUUUUCAAGUUACUUUCAAAAGUUUUGGCUAAUAGGUUGUCUCCUCUUCUCCCAGAUAUUAUUUCGGCCAAUCAGUUUGGCUUUAUUAGAGGGCGUAGCAUUCAGGAUUGUCACAUGAUAGCUUCUGAGAUAUUCAUCUCGCUUCUCAGCGAAAAGAUCAAUAUCUCUUGGGAUUUUAUAUUAAAGAUGCUUGUGAAAUUUAAUUUCGAUUCUACGUGGGUGAAAUGGAUCCGAUCAUUCUUUGAUACUUCUCAGUUGUCGGUUUUGAUUAAUGGAAGCCCGUCUAAGAAUUUUACAAUGGGGAAAGGGGUUAGGCAAGGUGACCCUCUUUCACCCAUGCUUUUCGUGCUUGCGGUUGAAGGCCUAAAAGCAAUUAUCUCUCAAUCUAUCCAGCAAGGUCUUUUUGAUGGUGUUCAUAUUACAUGUUAUGAGGAACCGGUCUCAAUUCUUCAAUUCGCGGAUGAUACUCUAUUGUUUAUACCUAACAAUUUGGAUAUGAUUCGCAACCUUUUGCGGGUUCUUCGUUUUUUUGAGAUUAUUUCGGGUCUUUCAAUUAAUUAUUCGAAGAGUUCUUUGUUGGGUAUAAACAUUGAUGAAGAUGCUCUUUUAAUUGCUGCUGAAAUUUUGCAAUGCUCAACUGCUCACUUUCCUAUUUCCUACUUGGGUCUUCCGCUCUCCAUCAAAUCAGUCCGCGCAACUCAUUGGCAGCCUGUGGUUGAGAAUUUUGCAGCAAAGCUUACCCUUUGGAAAGGGAAGCUCUUAUCUCCAGCAGGUCGUCUGGUGCUUAUCAAAGCUGUUUUGAAUAGCUUACCAGUUUAUUACAUGGGAUCCUUCGUUAUUCCUCAGUCGAUAGUUACUUCUUUAGAUCGCUGUAUGAAACGUUUCCUUUGGUGUGGAAAUUCGGAAGGAAAAUGGUUUUGUAAAGUUGCUUGGAGCUCGAAUCUUAGUUUACUUUGUAAAUGGUUAUGGAAAUUUCGAACAUCUCGUGGAUCUCUUUGGUUCUGUGUUGUGACAAGCAGUUCUGGUAUGUCUUCUUGGGAUGAUUUGGUUUCUUCUAAUCAUUCUCAUCUAUCCCAUCAAUGGAAAGGUAUUCUCAGAUUUUGUGUUAAAAAUCAAGUUGCUUGGAGAGCUUUCAACGAUUCGUUUUCUGUUCGUAUCGGCAAUGGCGAGUCUGCUUCGUUUUGGCAUGAUCGUUGGAAUCAGUUUUCUUCGGUCUCCCAACUGCUUCCUUCGUCAGCUGCUGCUCCUUCCUUUAGCUGGAAUCGUCGUUUGAGAAUAGGCGAGCAACAAUUGUUGUUGGAGCUGCUGGAUAAAAUUAAAACAAUCCACCGUGACAUUCGCAUACCAGAUAAAUUUUGUUGGAAAGGAAAGCUUGAUUCCUUUAAGACUCGGGACAUCUCUUUGCUGUUACAGAAAAAUGCAGGCCAAGGAUCAUCUUUGAACAGCCCUCUUCUUCCUUUCAUUUGGCGAUGGAAGCUUCCUCCGAGAGUUCAGUUUUUUGGUUGGCUUUUAGCUCGUGAUCGGAUCUCUUCUUAUGCUUUGCUGGCUGCUCGAGUCUUCAUGAGAAAGUGUUACAUGUUUUGGGUUUCUCCUCCUAUGAUGGAUAUAUUUUUUGGUUAUUGGAACUCUAUCCCUCGUAGUUCCUUCAGAGAAUUAUGGCGUCUCAUUUGGUUUUUCGGCAUUUCGGAGUUGUGGAAAGCGAGAAACAAUAGAGUUUUCAACAGCGUUUUUGUUACUUUUGAUUCGUUGGUGAUCACAACUAUUAGGAAGGCGGUUAUUUUUUAUGUUUCUUUUCUUCCGCAUUUUCCAUAUUCUGGAAAUGACGUUAUUCGCCAUUAUUAUUUAUUUGGUUUGGAAGCAUUAUUGAAAUAUAAAAUACUUUCAACUAUACAAGUUUCGCAUCAGCUAUUCAUAUUCCUAUACGCUCUGUUGCAUCCCUUUCUAUCAUUUUUUCUCUUUGUUUUAUUGCGAGAUGAAGAAGAAGAUUUCUUGUUUUUCCAUUUAUGUGCUGAUGAUGGCGAUGAUAUUGGUAGGAGCAGAGACCAGCCAAGCGGUGAUUUGCAGCUCCGUGGAGCUAAUCUCAUGCACGGCGGCACUGGUCACCAACUCCGCGCCGUCGCGGCUUUGUUGCCGGAAAGCGAUGGAGCAACGGCACUGUUACUGUGA